ACAACAUUUUUCGACUCAGUAAUGGAAGAGUCUGAAGACAGUUACUGGCAGGCGUCUAAAGUAAAAGAUAGUAGGAAGAAACGCAACAUUUUUGAUGAUGAUGUAACUGUAGAAAAGGCAUCUGAGAUUGCUAUCUACAAAAAGAGCCUUCACGGUGAUGAUGGUGAUGAUGACGAUGCCAUCGGCUGGAAUGAUGAUGUCAUUUCACCAUCAACACAAAUCAAUUUUCAGCCUAAAAAUAGAAGUGAGCAGCAGCUGCAGCAGCAACAGCAGCAACAACAGCCUCAUAAUUCAGCUCCCUCUAGCAUGCCUCGCCCAACCUUUGAUCCCAGAAAUGAUCCUCCUCCGCGUCCUCUUGCCUCCUACAUGACCCAUAACAGAUCCCGCAGUGAAGUUCUGGUUGGAGGAAUGGGCAAACUAAGCCUAUCACAGUCACCAAGCUUGCUGACAGAGCCCAGUUUGUCCACCAGGGUCAGCGAGCCCAGUAUUGCUGCUGUGAUGGACAGUGGCAUUCUCAAUGUUGUCUCUGUUGGUCCACAGUCCAGCAGACAGAAAGAUGAUGAAAUCCAGUACCUCCGAACACAACUACAGAAUGCUGAAAAAGCGUUAGGGGUCUCCAAACUAAAGGUCGAAGAAACUGUAAAACGAAUGAUUCUUGGACAACCCUUUUCACUAGAGCAGUACCGCAGCAAGCAGGAAAAACUUGAUCUUCUGGACAAAGCCAUCGCUACUCAUGAUGGAAAUGCAAUUAUUGCUGUGGUUGUGUUUUUGAAGCGGACCCUGAAAGAGCAGCUAUUUAACCUGGAGCUUAUGAGGCGCCCAGUGGCAGUAGAGCAAUAUCUGGCCUACCUUAAGGCCCACUUUAACCUGCACCAGUAUGAACAUAUGCUACAAUUGCUGGGAAAAGCAGAGGACCAGGCAAUGUUAAAGCUGCGUCAGGCAGUAACCGUGGAAGAUCCAGUGGCGAAGAUGGAUCGCCUGAGAACAUGUCAACACUCGACUAUUCGAAGAAUAAGGAGAGCUAUUCUAUUCACCCUGGCGUCGGCGUCCGCGUUGGCGUCCCACCUUGGUUAAGGUUUUG